AUGGAGCCACUAAUAACAGCAGAGUCCCCAUCCAUCAUUCGGUCUGCUUUAGCGGCUACAGCCGCUGUAACACCUACUGCAAACACCACUGAUAAUAUAGUUGAGCAGCAUGGGCCGCUUCACAAUAACUCAAUCUAUAUAUGCCUCCCUAUCUUCUGUGCGGUUGUAGCCAGUCUGUACAUUUCAGUAUGGGUUUGGAGUUGUCAUCGAUCGUGGCAUCGAGAACACAGAGAAGCCAAGAAGCGUUUAGAUCACUGGCGAAACCAUAUGCUUCUAACAAGAGUAAGCACACGGUUGAGUAAGCAUCUCCAUGAAAUCAAGUGGCCAUCCCAACAUGCGCUCCCAAAGUGGCGAAAGGAACGGCCGGAUUCUACCUAUGGUGUUCGGCGAGACACAUACAUGAAGGAGGAUGGCAAAGCUGACUACUCACUGUAUGGUGGAGAUACCAUAUCUGUCGAGUUGCCGUCUUCAUCUACUUUUAACCACAUUCCAUUUUCCCCUUUACGGCAUCACAAGUCACUCAAUGCCAAAACGCACCGUUCUCCCAAAAGUUCGCAUAGACGAGCUUGGAGAUCUCAUGAUUUACGCAACUUCAAUCCUGUAACCUUCCGCAUUCCAACCGAACAUAGCUGGAUAGCUUCAUCUACCUCUUCUAUUUCAGUUGCUGGCACAGCCUGUUCCGGUACAACAACCAUUUUCGAGCGAGCAGGUAGCGACACGAAUAGCAUACAAUACCCAAAUGAAAAAGUAUAG